CACCUGCACUUGGCUGACUUUCUUUUCUCCUAAAGCUACAGGAUCAGUCUCAGGGAUUGAACCUGGCAACCCUAAGGGGAGGACAGGCAGGGAAAGAUCACAACUUUUUUCAUUAGACUUCUAAGAAGGAAAGAGUGUAAGGUGAAAAAAGAUGACGGAAAAUUACAGGUGCACAAAUAAAGUAUGGAACUUCUCCAUCUUUUGCUACCAAUUAUACAAUCAAUUUGAUUCCUAUAUUGACCAUUUGGUGAUGUACAGUCAUCUUUUUGGUUGCUCAAAAAAUGUGUUUGCAAGAAACAAAUUAUUGGCUUCACAGAAUUCAGUGGAGAAAUACAUCGGUGAGAUUAAAGGAGGAUUGAGGCCAACCAUGAAAAUCACUAUCAUGGGGGUUAUAGGCCCUGCCCCAAAGAGUUUUUCAGUGACUUUGCUCUGUGACCCCACUGAUGGAAGCAUGGAUGUUGGGUUGUUACUUGCAGUCAGCUUUCUUGAGAAAUCCAUUGUCCGGAAUUCACGGAUUGCUGAGAAAUGGGGUAAAGAGGAAAAGACGAUUCCCUACUUCCCAUUUACAGCAGGGGACUCGUUUAAGAUGGAGCUCUUGUGUGAGCAUCAACAGAUUCGGGUCCUGCUUGAUGGACGUCAGCUCUGCAGUUUCAGUCACCGUGUGCAACCUAUGCAAAGGGUGACGGCCUUACAAAUCUCUGGAGACCUGAAGCUCACCAAAGUGGCUUGAAGAAGAAAAUAAAGAACCCUACACCACUCCUGGGUUGUUGCAAAAGUGCCUUCUCUGUGUUGCUGGAUGUACUUUCUUACUUUUGCUCUUACGCAUGCUUCUUGAGAUUUGAAAUAUAGGUUGAACAGUAACUUUUCCUUUUAGGUCCCUUGGCACCCUGGGGCCAACAAAAUUGAAAUCCCUAGACUGAAGGACUGCAGUGGCUGGUUCUGGGAUCCUUGCACACGCAUUCUACUACCCUGCCAACUACAAGGUGUGGGUUGUGAUCCAGCAAGCACAAAGGUUGCAAGUGCUCAGAGGAACUUUUACCUUAAUUUCUAAAUGAAAAACACAGACUCCAUUCCCUUGACAGGUGCUAUAUUUAUUUAUUAUUUAUUUAUUUAUUUAUUCUUGGAUUUAUUAGUCGCCCAUCUGGCUGGUUACCCAGCCACUCUGGGCGACGUACAAAACAGAAUAAUACAUUAGACAUUAAGCAUACCAUA